AUGAGAUCUGCUAGACCUCCACCUGGCGAGUCCACCUUCCCCGCGCUGCGCGACGCGUCGCGAAAUGGCACCUCUGCAACAUUGUUGUGGUUGAGUCAACCACCCGGCGUUCCUUGGUCUGGUACCAUGUCGUCUUACCAACCAAACUACACCGCUGUUGCGAAAGGUCGAAACCCAGGCAUCUACGCCAGCUUUGAAGAAGCUCUCAAGCAAACGGAAGGCUUUCCGGGCGCGUACUUCAGAAGCUUCCCAGAUCAUUUUGAGGCUUCGAGUAGGAAGCCGGCGAACAACUACUAUAACAAAUUCAACCGCUCAAAGAAGAAGAAGGCGAAACUGGGACCGAGUCGCUCUUUGGUUACGCUGUCUGACGACGAACCCGAACCGACCAUGACCGACGGCAAAUGGAGUCGCUCGGCGAAGAAUCAGGUUGAGGAUUAUCUCAGGGCCAUGAAGGAGACGCCUCUGCUCCCUCCACAACCGUCGCAAUCGCAGCCAUCUAUCAGCCUGGUCUCGGACGAUGAAGACGGGGACGAGCCUGUCAUGAAGGAUGGCAAGUGGACUCCUUCGGCCGAGGUAGAGGUCCCCGAGGAGCUAGCCUCGCUCUCUCCUCAGCAGAAGGAGGUACUCGAUCGUAUCCUCAGGGGCGAGAACAUCUUCUUCACCGGCGCUGCUGGUACGGGAAAAUCGCAUCUCUUCCGCGCAAUCAUCAAGGCGCUGCGCGGCUCUAUCGGCGGUGCCCGGCAAGUGGCCGUGACGGCGUCGACCGGCAUGGCAGCACUAGGAUCGACCGAGGCGUGGAGGAAGACUGACGUCCUCCUCGUCGAUGAGAUCUCCAUGAUCUCUGGAGAACUGCUUGACAAGCUCGACCAGAUCGGUCGCGUAGUGCGCCGCCGAUCAACUCCGUUCGGCGGCCUGCAGGUCAUCUUCUGCGGCGACUUUUUCCAGCUUCCUCCUGUUGCCGACCAUGAUGGACCGAAACCGAAGUACGCCUUCGAUGCGGACGUUUGGGACCGAGCCUUCCCCAGAAGCAAUCGCAUCACUCUUCAGCAGGUCUUCCGUCAGUCAGAGGAGAGCCUUGUCACCGCCCUCGAGCACAUCCGCCGCGGCAGGAUGACGAAGGAGGCAAGCGCUCUGCUGACCCGGUGUAACCGACCAGUUCAGUGCCCGGAGGGGACACGACCUGUUCAACUGUACUCUCGCCGAUACCAAGUCGAGCAGGUCAACAACCAGAAUCUGGCUUCCCUCCCUGGAAGCCCUCAGGUCUACCGGGCUAUCGAUAUCGGCGGCCAGACGACCAAUGGCUAUGAGGUGUCUCAAGAGCAGGCCACCAAGACUCUUAAUAGCCAUACUCGUUGGCCCGAAUCCAUCGCUCUCAAGGUCGGAGCUCAGAACUGGGCGCCCGGUCUAGUGAACGGAUCCACCGGCAAAGUCGUGGGCUUUAGCACCAUGGCCGACUUUGGUGUCGACGACGACGGCGCGAAGAAGUUGCCAAAGGCGGACCGCGACGCUGACGGCGCUGACCGAGGGCCGCUGUACCCCGUGGUCGACUUCGAGGCGAAGAACGGCCUGAAGCGUCCUCCGGUCUUGGUCCCAACCAUGGAGGUUAGCGUCGAGAACGCUCGCAACAAGAUGGAAGCGAAGCGAAUUCAGGUGCCGCUCAUUCUCGCGUGCCGAGUCAAAGUCGACCUGCAGGGUACCUUUGACGAUGGACAGGCGUAUGUUGCACUCUCUCGUGCGACGUCGCUUGACGGACUGGAGCUACGGGGAUUCAACUUAAAGCACAUUAUGGUUUCCAAGCGGGUGCUAGCCUGGGCCGAGGAGGCGGAUGAGGACGACGAAUUCGACGCGUUCUUCGCUGCGAACGCAGAGGAGCUCGACGCGUUAACAAGCAGUCAAGCCGCCCCGAUGGGGAUGGCGUGA